GAGGUCACAAGGACGCCAGGGCCUGGAGGUCACAAGGACGCCAGUUGCAGGCAAAGCACUACUUCUCGCUCAUCGCUGCGUACAAAGGUCGGCGAGGUCGCGCCUGUAGACAAUGGUGCUUCCAGAUCUCAAUUUUAGUCCACCUGAAGAACAAGAUGAGGAUGUCAAUCAACCAGAUGAUGAUGAACAAGCAAAUGAAGAUGAAUAUGCAGUAGAUGAAGAGGAAGCUGCACUGGAUGAAGGUCAAGAUGCAGUAGAUGAAGAGGAAUAUGCAGUAGAUGAAGAGGAAGAACCAGGUGGUCAGCAAGCAAUACGACAUCGAAAAAUUCUCCCUGGCCAACAUAAGUACGCUGCAUAUGUAGCUAUGCACUCACUUUGCAUGAAAAACGGAGGGAAGUUUGAUAGGAAUGAUAAGAAAGAUGUUGCUGCAUUCUUUCAAGUAGAUAUCCAAGUUAUGCAAAGAAUCUGGAGACAAGCUAUGCGGCAAAUAGCAGAAGGUUUGGAAGUGGAUGUUUCUAGCAAAAGAAAAGGAAGGUGCGGAAGAAAACCAAAAAACAUUGAUCUAUCCAUUGUUCCAAGUAUACCUCUAAAUCAAAGGUCAACUAUCAGAUCAUUAGCUUGGCAGUUGGGAGUCAGCCCUAGCACAUUAUUCACAAGAUUCAAAGCAAAGCAUAUCAAGAGGAUCUCAAACUCUCUGAAGCCACUACUAACAGAAACUAAUAUGUUGGCGAGACUCCAAUUUUGCCUCUCAAUGAUUGGUGAGAAUAAGACAAAAAAAGGAGACCCAAUUUUCAAAAGUAUGCACAAUUAUGUACAUAUAGAUGAGAAGUGGUUUAAUCUCACCAAGAAAAACGAGAAAGUAUUACACUGCUACCAGAAGAGGAGGAGCCUAUGA